AUGGCCGACGAUAAUGCUGCCGUUGAAUGGCAAACGAGCCCCAGUCGCCGUGGCACACUUACUAUCAUCGAAAAUUCUCUCUUAACCAUAUUUGCCUGCACAUGGAGCAUUCAACAUCUUAAUGUUCCAAAACGAUGCGACACUCUGCGGCAAACCCUGCCACGAAAGUGCAAGUGGGUAGUUUUUACCAUAUUGUUCCCUGAAAUCCUCAUGGCGCACGCAAUUCUGGAGUUUGUCAUGGCAGUGGACGUUAUGAAAUCAUUGGACGAAACAGGACGGCUUGACGGUCAUCCUCCCUGGUGGUUUCGCUCUUCUCGACGGCUGCCUAAAACUCACGACGAUGAGGAGUCCGCCCGUGGAAGCCAGCCAGGUGCAACCGGUGGAGGCUUCAGGCGACAAGAGACCAAAUGGACACUCACACACUGUUACUUCGCCAACAUGGGGGGCUUUGAACUUCUAGAAGAGGCCAGCUUUUCUUCCAGUAUCAAAACGCAUCUGUUAACUGCUCGUCAUUUCGCCGAUUCCUGGGAAGCUAUUGAAAUCCCUAAAAUCUCAGAAGACGAUCUUAAUGAUAAGAGCAAAACAGACUAUUUCACUAAGGUCAUAGCCGUCAUACAGAUAGCACAGUUGGUUUUAUCUCUUGUGGUUCGAGCAGCUCGACAUCUUGCCUUUUCCCAGCUCGAGACACUCACUUUGGCAUUCGCAAUCUGCGGCGUUCUGACCUACAUAUGUUACUGGUAUAAGCCACAGGACGUGAGAAAACCCAUCCGAGUCCAAUUACGACUCCCUGGAAAAGAGUUACCACCGAAUUUUCAACAACGAACUUUUGAUAGUUUGUGGGAGCUCCUGACCAACUCGAGGAUCAAGGAAGAUGACCAUCCCCUAGAUCGGAUUCAAAACGACAACAUACCAAAAGUUGCUCCACAAACAACACAUUAUGCCCUAUAUUUAUUGACGAUAUUUACGGCAGGAUUUGGAAGCCUUCACGCUAUAGCUUGGAAUUUCGAGUUCCCGACUUCCGCCGAGCGGACGCUUUGGAGAACUGCGACUCUGGUAUCAACAAUAGUACCCCCGCUUGCCCUGCUCGCCAUCCCUCUCUCCCAAAUUCUCAGGCCAUGGGGAGAUAGUCGUGACUUUAUGCGUACCUGUUUAAGUGUUAUGAGGGAGUAUUCUUGGCACGUUACCGACAAGGAGUCCGUUCAGGUUGCAAUGAAGAAGUUAGAAGACGUCUAUGAUAAGAUUGACAAUGACAAGUCCCAUUAUCAAGAGAUAUUUGGAGAAAAUCUUGGAAAGCAGCUCCUCGGUUUUAUCGAAAAGGCUGGGACCUCAAGGGACGGCAAUCCUCCAGUGGUUCCGGAUGACUUUCACAAGAAGUUCAAACGGCUCGUGGAAAUCCUCGAAAUGAAAGCCGGGCCGAAAAGGCUCAGCGACGAAGCUCGGACAAAUAUAUAUCCCCAGAGAGUCUUAUUUACAGAGCCAGUCAACCUUGCGAUUGUUUACGCAACAAGCAUCUUAUACUGCCUUGCACGGCUGAGCAUCAUUGGAGUUGCGUUUUCCAGUCUUAGGCGGAUGCCCGAUUCCGUUUACACAACAACUUGGACAAGCAACAUCCCAAGCGUACAAUGA